UUCCAACCUCCGUUUGAAAGAAGAGAUUCCAUUCCAUUCCAUUUCAUUUCAUUUCUAGGGUUUGAUAUAUACAAGAUAUAAUAGAAGAUGGCAAUGGCUUCCAAAAUCAGAUCAAGCUUUAAUGGCCUCACAAGAUCUCUAAUUUCUGAUUUUAAUUCCAAAUCAACUGUCACGCGAGCUGCUCUUAUUUCCCCUAAUUAUGCGCAAUCGAGAAACUUUGCUUCUGCCACUCCCCCCAAGGAACCCAAGAUCAAGGUACCAGUUGCUAUGUUUGGUGGCUCUGGGAAUUAUGCAUCCGCAUUAUACAUUGCAGCCGCAAAAGCCAAAGCAUUGGACAAAGUUGAAGCAGAACUUCUUGAUUUUGUAGCAGCUACUUCUAAAGCAUCAACAUUUUCUCAGUUCAUGAAAGAUUUGGCUGUACCAGCAGAUGUUAGAGUGAAGGCUAUAAAUGAAAUUUGUGCACAGGCUAAGUUCUCAGAUGUCACAAAGAACUUCUUGGUUGUUUUAGCCGACAAUGGGAGGCUUCGACAUGUGGACACUAUUGCCAAGCGAUAUUCAGAUUUGACCAUGGCACAUCGAGGAGAAGUCAAAGCCAUUGUCACAACUGUGAUUCCACUCCCUGCAGCAGAGGAGAAAGAAUUGAAAGAAACUUUACAAGAAAUCCUUGGUAAAGGGAAAACGGUUAAGCUUGAGCAAAAGAUUGAUCCCAGUAUCCUUGGUGGGCUUGUGGUGGAAUUUGGGCAAAAGGUUUUUGACAUGUCGAUAAAGACCAGGGCUAGGCAAAUGGAGAGGUUCUUGCGAGAUCCCAUCAACUUUGAUGCCUAAACAACAUGGCGCGUUUCAUCUGUAACCCUUCAUGUAUGGAAUUUUUUUGAAUUUACUUAUCAUCCUCAAAAAUGGAUAUUCUCUUUUUUCCUUCCCCUCUCCAAUCAGGUGAUGUUCAGCAUCAUGUUUAUGACAUCUGUUUAUCUGAAAUAAAAAACUGAUUGUCUCAUUUUGCUAUUUAAA